AUGUUCCGCGCUGCUCCGCGCUUAAUUGCGCGCCCAGCGUCCCUGCGUGCCAUUGUCCCCCGGCCCACCACCCGAUUCCUCAGCACAGCACCUCCCGCCCAGAAGUCGCGGAGCUGGAAGAGUCUGUUCGCAAGACUGGGUAUUGCAGGAGCGAUAAUAUACUACUAUAAUACGAAUGACCUGUUUAGGGAGGAGGAGGACUAUCCCGCCCACGCUCUCACGCCAGAAUCCGAGCUCCCCACUAUCGAGUCUAUUUCCGCAGAGCGCGAGAAGCGCAGAGCUGUCAAGGCGCAAUUGGAUGCCCAGCGACGAAAAGAAGAGGAGGAGGCUGCAAAUGCAAAGACACAGGAUGAAGCUUCGGCGGCACCCACGGAAAAGUCUGAGGGCGGAUUAGGAGGCCUGGAAGAGGAGGCUGGCCAGCAAGGCGCGUUCAACCCCGAGACGGGCGAGAUCAACUGGGACUGCCCGUGUCUGGGCGGCAUGGCGACUGGGCCGUGUGGCGAGGAGUUCAAGGGGGCGUUUAGCUGCUUUGUGUUUUCCGAGGAGGAGCCCAAGGGCAUGGACUGCAUCGACAAAUUCAAAGUCAUGCAAAACUGCUUCCGCCAAUACCCUGAAGUCUACGGCUCGGAACUCGAAUCCGACGCUGAUGAUGAGGAUGCCGCCGACGACAACGACGACGAUUUGACCCCCGACGUCGAUAUGACACCCACAUCUCCGGCGCCGGAUGCGACACACACCGACCAACAGCCUGCCCCCACCAGGAAACAGCAAACCUCCGAGCGCGCUGCCCAGGCUAAAACCUCCCCCGAACCCUCCUCCAAACCACACUCACCAGAGAAACUCGAGGAAAACAGACGAGAACUCGGCCUCGUGCCGGAGAACUACAGACCAAAGGAGAAGAAGAAGAAGCAGCCUGUGAGUGAGAGUGAGAGCGAGACCCUGGUCCCCAAGGCGGCGCAUGAUGCAAGUGAUGCGACGGCUGAGGAUGGCGGGAAGAAAUCUAAGGCGGGGGAGAGGAAGUGA